AGUGUGAUUCUGUUUUCUCCUUUUUUUUUUUUUUUUGGCAUCGGUGAUGGAACACGCUGUAGGAAAGAAAAAAAAAAAAGUCUCAAUCUGCAAGAUGUGGCGCGGUGAUAACGGCAGAAAGUCCGGGGUUAUCUGGGAAAUUCCUCCUGCUCACCUCAGCUCAGUUGAGGUCAAAAAUUCUGUUAUUUUGUUCAAGCCCUCAAUGACUGACUUGAGUCAUCAAGCAAGGAGCAUGGUUUCGAUUUCAGUUCCUUUUAUCUCAAUUUGUGUUUGGGCGGCUGUUACUUUGCCACUACUAACAGUGGCUGCUCCAAGGAGCCUGGAGCAGUAGGAAGCUCAGGGAAAGAACUAAGUUGGCUGAGGACUGUCCCUGUUGCAGAGCCAGUGCCUGGGGUUCUGCAGCUUCCGGGUGGACCAUGGAGGCACCCAUUUGUCUGGUGGAAAACUGGAAAAAUCAGCUGACAGUAAACCUAGAGGCCAUAAGGAUUCUUGAGCAGAUAGCACAGCCUCUGGUGGUGGUGGCCAUUGUUGGUUUAUAUCGUACAGGGAAGUCCUACCUCAUGAAUCGUCUUGCAGGACAGAACCAUGGCUUCUCUUUGGGCUCCACGGUGCAAUCUGAAACCAAGGGUAUCUGGAUGUGGUGUGUGCCCCAUCCCACCAAGCCAACACACACCCUGGUCCUUUUGGACACUGAAGGCCUUGGUGAUGUAGAAAAGGGUGACCCUAAGAAUGACUCGUGGAUCUUCGCCCUGGCUGUGCUUCUGAGCAGCACCUUUGUCUACAAUAGCAUGAGCACCAUCAACCAGCAGGCCCUGGAGCAGCUGCAUUUUGUGACUGAAUUAACACAGCUAAUCCGGGCAAAAUCGAGCCCCAGAGAGGAUAAAGUGAAGGAUUCCAGGCUGGGGACUUUGGUGCAGACCUAUGUGAAUGCCAUCAACAGUGGGACUGUGCCUUGCCUGGAGAACGCAGUGACAACCCUGGCCCAGCGUGAGAACUCCAUAGCUGUGCAGAAGGCAGCUGACCACUACAGUGAGCAGAUGGCCCAGCGAGUGAGGCUCCCCACAGACACGCUCCAGGAGCUGCUGGAUGUGCAUGCAGCCUGUGAGAAGGAAGCCAUUGCUGUCUUCAUGGAGCACUCCUUCAAGGAUGAUGAGCAGGAGUUCCAGAAGAAGCUGGUGGUCACCAUAGAGGAAAGGAAGGAAGAUUUCAUGCUACAGAACGAAGCAGCAUCUAUUCGUCACUGCCAGGCUGAACUGGAGAGGCUUUCAGAGUCCCUGAGGGAGAGCAUCUCCUGUGGAGCUUUCUCUGUUCCUGGGGGUCACAGCCUCUACUUAGAAGCCAGGAAGAAGAUUGAGCUGGGCUACAAGCAAGUGCCGAGGAAGGGAGUGAAGGCAAAAGAGGUUCUCCAGAGUUUCCUACACUCACAAGCUAUUAUGGAGGACUCUAUCUUGCAGUCAGACAAAGCUCUUACAGAUGGAGAGAGAGCCAUAGCAGCUGAGCGGACAAAGAAGGAAGUGGCUGAGAAGGAACGAGAGCUGCUGAGGCAGAGACAGAAGGAGCAAGAGCAAGUGAUGGAGGCUCAGGAGAGAAGCUUCCGAGAAAACAUUGCUAAACUUCAGGAGAAGAUGGAGAGAGAAAAGGAGAUGCUGCUGAGGGAGCAGGAGAAGAUGCUGGAGCACAAGCUGAAGGUCCAAGAAGAACUGCUUAUUGAAGGAUUCAGAGAGAAAUCUGAUAUGUUAACGAAUGAAAUAAGUCAUCUGAGAGAAGAGAUGGAAAGAACAAGAAGGAAACCCUCACUCUUUGGUCAAAUCCUUGACACAGUUGGCGAUGCGUUCAUUGUGAUUUUACCAGGAGCUGGUAAACUAUUUGGUGCGGGGCUGAAAGUCCUCGGCUCACUUAUAAAGUAGUCUAAAGAGUUUCUGGGAAGGAAUUUAUAAAAUCCAGGCUUCUAUUAUUUUGAUACCAAACUUUUUGCUGUGAUUUUUAAAUACACAUUCUACUUUAAUAGCCACUGUUACAAAGAAGGUGAGAACUUCCAUUAAUAGCUAAAUUGUCAGAUACUGCUUCCUCGGAGUCUAAUUCUGUGUCAGCUCAUUAACAAUUAUAUUUAAGGUUAAAGAUACAAACCAAUGAUUGAAGAAUAUAAGGGUCUGGCAUCCAUAAAUUCUGUCAAAUUUCAGUGACAUAAUCUAAAUAAUAAAGAGGGAGGCCAGUCAGAAUACAGUGAAAUUAUUUCUAGAAAAGAUGUAAGUAAAUCAAACAGAAACAUGGUCAAAUGAAGACACAUUGGCAUAUGUAUCCCAGUUGGACACUACAGAUAAAUUGUUAAAAAGAGCUCUUGUUAAAACAUGCAAGUGGUUUUUUUCAUAGGAGAAUGUAUGAGAAAAAUGACUGAUUGAUAAUAAAGGACAUGCAGAUUAAAAUAA